AUGGAUCCUGAUAUAUCUGAUGUCGAAAAAUUUCAAAAUGAUCUUGUAAACCCUGAAUAUGAACAAGAAUUGUCUGAUACCGAUACUGAACAAUUUGAUGAAUUUCUUAAUGAGGAUGAUGAAUUUCCUGAAAUUGCAUGUUUUACAUCGCGUUUUCAAAUAAAGAAUAUAAUUCAUUCAAGUAUGCCGGUAGAAUAUCCAUCAACCUCGCCGGAAGGUAUUGCAACUAUAUUUCAUGUUGAGGAUUGGACAGAUCCAAGCCAUACAUGGAAAAAUAUACAAUAUUCGAUGGGUGGUGGCGGUGUUCAUUUAAUUAAAAGUUCACCUUAUUUUGGAAAUAUUCCAAUAAGCAAAGUAGAGCGGGAUUGCAUGGGAAUUAAAGUAUGUCAUUUUACCGAUCCUUCAUUAAUAAAUAUUGAACAUAAUGAAGUUGAUGUCGAGUCCCCAUUAUGGAAAAAAAUUACUGAAAAUCAGGAUUCACAAUUAUCACAAAAUGUUUUUCAAUGGUUUAUCGGUUGUUCUAAAUAUAAUAUUAGUGAUCAAUGGCAUCGUUAUGUAAAAAUUGAUUAUGAAAGUGUAGAUAUUGCUCUUCUGCGAGAUUUGUUUCUUAGAAAAGCUGAGAUUCAGGAACAGCUUCCAUAUUGUACAACUUUAUUGCAUCGUUCAUCUAAAAGAAAAAAAUGCGAUUAUAUUCAUAAUCUUUCUACUGGAGAUAUUAAUCGUGGUGAAAUUGUUCAAAAACUAUGUCCAGUAAAAUUUUAUAAAUUUACACCUAAAGAUCUUAAAGGCUGUCCUUUUAUCACAUUAGUAUGUGUUGGAAUACACAAUCAUCUGCCACCUUCUCCUAAAAAAAUUCCUGCAGAUAUAAAAGCAAAUUUGCAAAUAUUAAUUAAUCAAGCAAUUAAUAAUUUAAUAAAAGCAUUUUUUAAAUCGGAAGCACUUUCGGAUAUUCAUCAAUCAUUAAACAGUGUUGAUAAAUUGCGAAUUCUUGUUGCAAAAGCUUACAAAAAUUUGCAUCCUUACGGUCAAGGAAUAUUGGGCAUUUUUUAUGCUGUUAAAAAUAAUCAUCAAGAAUUAAAAAAUUAUAUUCAACGUAUUGUUAUGAGUUUUUGUCGAAUAUAUACAAAUGUUUCAUCUGCGAAUGAUUAUAAAAACUUGUUUAGUACUUUAUUUAAUGUAAUUCAAGAACUUACUAAUAAAACUUUAUGUAUAUAUCAUAUACAUGGAAAAGGUUGGGAAUGCAUAUUAGGUGAUUUAGAUAGUGGAAAUUUAUAUAAUAAACAUUUUUCAAAAGAAAUUUACAAUUUAGCAAAAUCAAUUAUUAAUGCGCCUUCUCAAGAAUUGGUCAAAUCUAUUUUAAAUGAAAUCGAAAAUUCAAAUGAACCUGAACAUCAUAUUUGGAGAAAAUAUGGAAAUAAUACUAAUAUGGCAGAAUCAGCCCAUGCUUUAAUUAACAAAGAAGGAAAGCAACUAAAAUUAAUUGGAAAACGAUAUGAUGAAAGACUAUUAAAAAUUAAAGACACCCAUGAUAAUUCAGAUAAAAUUGUAGUAGAAAUUAAAUCUAAUACAGAUGAAGCUAGUGAAAUUAGAAUGGAUAAUAUGUCAACAAGUAUUGAAUUGCAAAAAAGAAAAAUGGCAUUAUUGGAACGUCAACUAAAGCUCAGAAAAGAAACAGCAGAGGUAGAAGCUCUUAAAUUACAGAAUCAACAACUAAAAAUCAAUCUGGGUUUGGUUUAG